AUGAACGAAAUCCAGCAUGCCAUAUUACAAAUCGAAUGGCCAUCGAUUUCCUACUCUUGGCGCAUGGUCAUGGCUGUGAGGAUUUUGAGGGUGAGGGGGUUUACUGCAGGAGGCACCACCGAGUACAGAACGGACAGCACCAGGACCAGGGAUGGGGAGGAGAUGGAGGGGGGCUUGAGGGAGGCAAACAUGGCAGUGCUGAGAACCAGGGAGAUUAUGGCCAGGUGCUACAGAGAUGAUGGACACAACGUGCUCAAGUCCGUGGACCCUGUGCCCUUCCCUGGGCCCAUCUGGGUGGGAGACAGUAUCUCCUUUUGUGCUGUGGAGGUGAGGCUGGCAGACGGAGACAGGCGUUGUGCUGGGAGAGUGGAGGUGAAACAUCAGGGCAAGUGGGGGACAGUGUGUGAUGACUACUGGAGCAUGAAGAAUGCAGCAGUGGUUUGUAAACAGCUGGACUGUGGGUCUGCUGUUGGAGCUCCUCGGUAUGGACACUUUGGGCCAGGAUCUGGCCCCAUUUGGAUGGAUGAUGUUGGCUGUAAUGGCACUGAAUCUGCCCUGUCUGACUGCACACACAGAGGAUGGGGUGAACAUGACUGUGGACAUUCUGAGGAUGCUGGAGUGAUGUGUUCAGUGUUUGAAGGUGCUGUGGAGGUGAGGCUGGCGGACGGCGGCAGUCGCUGUGCUGGGAGAGUGGAGGUGAAACAACAGGGCAAGUGGGGGACCGUGUGUGGUCACUACUGGAGCAUGAAGGAUGCAGCAGUGGUUUGUAAGCAGCUGGGCUGUGGGUCUGCUGUUGGAGCUCCUCAGUACGGACACUUUGGGCGAGGAUCUGGCCCCAUUUGGAUGGAUGAUGUUGGCUGUAAUGGCACCGAAUCUGCCCUGUCUGACUGCACACACGGAGGAUGGGGUGAACAUAACUGUGAUCAUAUCCUUGAUGCUGGAGUGGUGUGUUCAGGUGCUGUGGAGGUGAGGCUGGCGGAUGGAGGCAGGCGCUGUGCUGGGAGAGUGGAGGUGAAACAACAGGGCAAGUGGGGGACCGUGUGUGGUCACUGCUGGAGCAUGAAGAAUGCAGCAGUGGUUUGUAAACAGCUGGGCUGUGGGUCUGCUGUUGGAGCUCCUCAGUACGGACACUUUGGGCCAGGAUCUGGCCCCAUUUGGAUGGAUGAUGUUGGCUGUAAUGGCACCGAAUCUGGGCUGUCUGGCGGAUUUUUCCGUCUGGUGGAAGGGAAGAACCGCUGCUCAGGACGUGUGGAGAUCCGUGACGGGGACCUGUGGAAAAGUGUCUGUGAUUCCCACUUUGGUCCCAAGGCUGCUGACGUGCUCUGCAGGGAGUUGCAAUGCGGUGCAGCCCUGCCUGUCACUGGAGGAAGUCACGUUGGAGAAGGGGUGGGUCCCAUGUGGGAUGGAGAGCUGCGGUGUGUGGGGAAUGAAUCCCUCCUCACCUCCUACACAGGGAUCAGACUGGUGAACGGCAGUACAGUGUGUGCGGGGAGGGUGGAGGUCCAGGUGCUGGGGACCUGGGGGACCCUCUGUGCCUCCCGCUGGGAUCUCUCGGAUGCCCACGUUCUCUGUCAGCAACUCAACUGCGGGUUUGCUGAAUCCAUUCCUGGAGGAGAACAUUUUGGGAGAGAGACUGGCCCUGUCUGGAGAGACUCAUUCCACUGUGACGGGACUGAAGCCCUCCUGCAACAGUGCCCAGUGACCACCCUGGGGGCCUUGCCGUGCUCCCAAGGGAACGCUGCUGCUGUCAUUUGCUCAGGGAGCCGGCGGGUCCGGCUGGUGAACGGGGCCGGGCGCUGCGCGGGGAGAGUGGAGAUCUACUCCCAGGGCAUCUGGGGGACUGUCUGCGACGACGGCUGGGACCUGUCUGAUGCCGCCGUCGUUUGCCACCAGCUGGGCUGCGGAGAGGCAGUGGAGGUAGCCAGCUCCGCUCGCUUCGGGGAAGGCUCCGGGCAGAUCUGGCUGGAUGGUGUGAACUGCUCCGGGGCCGAAGCUGCUCUCUGGGACUGCCCGGCUGGGCCCUGGGGGCAGCACGACUGCGGGCACAAAGAGGAUGCGGGAGUCAUCUGCUCAGAGUUCGUGGCCCUGAGGCUGGAGAACAGCGACGGCUGCUCCGGGCGCCUGCAGGUUUUCUACAACGGGACAUGGGGGAGCAUUUGCUCUAACUCCAUCACUGACAACACGGUGACACUGGCGUGCAAGGAGCUGGGCUGCGGGGAUGGAGGAUCCCUGGAAACACGCCUGCCCUCUGUCAGGGUGUCUGGCCCUGCCUGGCUGGAUCGCGUGCAGUGUGGGGACACAAACAGCUCUUUCUGGCAGUGUCCCUCCACGCCCUGGAAUCCACAGUCAUGUGAAUACCUGGAAGAGGAGAUCCACAUCACCUGCAAUGGUAAUCGCUGGCGCCAGUGCCCCAACUCCACGAGCUGCACAGCCAGGGAGAAGAUUCGUGCCGUGGGGGGCAAGGACGGGUGCUCGGGCAGAGUGGAGGUCUGGCACCGUGGCUCCUGGGGGACGGUGUGCGACGACUCGUGGGACAUGCAGGAUGCCGAGGUGGCGUGCAGGCAGCUGGGCUGUGGUCCUGUGGUGUCUGCCCUGCAUGAGGCUGCAUUUGGGAUGGGGACGGGCCCCAUCUGGCUGGAGCAGGUGGAGUGCCGGGGGACGGAGCCAUCCCUACAGGACUGCUGGGCCCGGCCCGGGGACAGCGGGGCUUGCCGGCACAAGGAAGAUGCUGCCGUGCGCUGCUCAGAUCCCACCCGAGGCCAUCAGAGCAGCAGCGGGAGAGUCUCAGUGCCCGUCAUCAUGUGCAUCAUCCUGGGGACCCUUGUCUGCCUGCUCCUGGCCCUCCUGGCUGGACAAGUGCUGAGCGCCAGGGCUGGACGCAAAGGCUCCAGCAGAGCCCAGGAGCCCUUCCCCGAGGCUGUGUACGAGGAGAUCGGGUACAGCCCAGCGUGGGAGAAACGGGCCAAGUUUGAUCGCUCAGGUGGGUGUGGGUCUUCCCUGGAGGCACAUCCGCAGGACCCUUUCCUCUGGCCCCAACCGAGAGCUGACCCCCUGAAGACCCCCAGCCUGUGGUCCCUGUGGCGCUGGGGCUGUGGGAGCUGUGGGGAGAGCAUCCAGGUCCUGAUCCCAGGAGAGAAGCUUUCUCCCAGUCAGCUUUGA